GUUACAGAGACAGCAGGAAGACACAUCCACACAUAAUAUCAAGUAUGUCAGGCAAGGAUAGAACAGUGGCAGACAGACACAGAGAAGAGGGGAGAAACAAGGACUGAAGCCUACCCAGAAGGUGAAGGAGACCUUAGAGGAGACACAGUCGGGGCUUUGGUAGAGAGUGUGCGCUUUGGUGCGGACCCCUGAGACAAACCCACCGCAGCCUCCGAGAAGCACACCAUGGGACCUCUGCACUUGAGUGCACACACUAGCUACAUCCAGCUUUCCCUGCUCUCUGAGAAUUCAUCCUUUCCACCCUGUGACGACCUUGGGUUUGACCAACUGACCUGGACGUGGCCAACAGCCCUGACCUCCAACGCAGCCACCCACCACUCUGGCUGAUUGGAAGAUGUUUCCCUUCAAGGUGAGCAAAUGGGUAGGACUGGCAUGCCUCCGGUCUCUGGUGCUGUCCUCACCCAGUAUUCGUCAGAAGAAACUAAUAAACAAGCUGCAAGAGGAAAAGGCUUUUCGAGAAGAGAUGAAAAAUUUCCACGAGAAAAUAGAAGACUUCAGAGAAGAGAUAUGGGAUUUCCGAAGCAAGAUCCGGGCUUUUCGGAGCCAGAUCCUGGAUUUCCAGGAAGAAGAAAGACCUUUCUGGGAAGAAGAGAAAAUGUUCUGGAAAGAAGAAAAAUCCUUCUGGGAAAGGGAAAAAUCUUUCCGGGAAGAAGAAAAGACUUUCUGGAAAAAAUACAGAACCUUCUGGAAAGAGGACAAGGCCUUCUGGAGAGAGGACAAUGCUUUAUGGGAAAGAGACAGGAAUCUUCUUCAGGAGGACAAGGCCCUCUGGGAGGAGGAAAAGGCCUUGUGGGUGGAGGAAAGAGCCCUGCUUGCAGAAGAGAAGGCUCUGUGGGAGGAUAAAAAGUCUCUCUGGGAGGAAGAGAAUGCCCUCUGGGAGGAAGAGAAAGCCCUCUGGGUGGAAGGUGGUGGCUUCCAAAUCCUUGGGGAGCAGAGGCACCAAAAUGGCCCCUACAAUGCCAAUGGAGAGCCACAGUCCACAGCCUUCCCCCGAGGUCGUGCGUAGUGAGCACUGUACACACGGGGCCAUGGGGUACAGCCGUCACUGGUUGGGACCCAAGUCCAGGGUGACCCCGUGUCCUAAAGGAAAUGGACACUAACUUGUCUCUUUGCCAUGAAAGAGAUAAUAAAGUCCUGAGGAGAGGUUUGAGAAAGCAUCUCUUCCAGGAGGGUUGGCUGCCUCUGCCCUGCCAUAC